GGGAGGUUGGGAGAGCGGCGGCGAAGCGAGUGAGGAGGGCGAGUGAGAAGCAAGGAGCAGGCGCGCGGAGGGGCGCUGGGAGCCGUGGAACCCUGCUGAGUGCACUUGGCCACGCAGCGCGCAGAGGGAGUGCCGGGCUUAACCACGCAGGCUCCGGCCACUAGCGCCGGGGGCAGCGUGGAGCCCGGGGCGUGGGGCUCGGGCGGCCGGGGCAGAUCGUUGUUCUGCGGUCGCCCUCCCCUGCUCUGCCCCAGCACCACUCCCAGGACAACUCCACGGCGGGAACCUCCCCGAUCUGGGCGGGCGACGCGCGGAAGAAGGGCGCAGACCAGGUUCUCCAGCACAGCCCAGGCUGCAGCCGAACGGCGUGGCGGGCCCGGGACCCGGACGGCGGCAGUGGGGGCUGCCCCGGGGGGCGUGGCGAUGAGUGAGCAGGCCCAGCGGAUGAGGAUGGACAGCCACACCCAGGUGGGCGAGAAGUGCCGGUCCUCACCACGUGUAGCAUGACUGCCCUGGGAGGGUGGGUCCCCAGGCCCUGGCAGGCUGCUGCCCCUCAGCCUGCAAACCGGUAAGAGCAGAAGGACUGCAGACUUCUCCUGUGGAUGGUCCUCUUCCCUGCGGCUCCAUAAUGAGGCUCCUCGUGGCCCCCCUCUUGCUAGCUUGGGUGGCUGGGGCCACUGCCGCUGUGCCCGUGGUCCCCUGGCGUGUGCCCUGUCCCCCUCGGUGUGCCUGCCAGAUCCGGCCCUGGUAUACACCUCGCUCGUCCUACCGCGAGGCCACCACUGUAGACUGCAAUGACCUGUCCCUGACGGCCGUGCCCCCGGCGCUGCCUGCAGGCACGCAGACCCUGCUCCUGCAGAGCAACGGCAUCGUCCACGUGGGCCGCAGUGAGCUUGGCUACCUGGACAACCUCACAGAGCUGGACCUGUCCCAGAACAGCUUUUCCGAUGCCCGUGACUGUGAUCUCCGUGCCCUGCCCCAGCUGCUGAGUCUGCACCUGGAGGAGAACCAGCUGACCCGGCUAGAGGACCACAGCUUUGCAGGGCUGGCCAGCCUGCAGGAGCUAUAUCUCAACCACAACCAGCUGCACCGCAUUGCACCCCAGGCCUUCGCUGGCCUCGGCAGCCUGCUUCGGCUGCACCUCAACUCCAACCUGCUGAAGGCCGUGGACAGCCGCUGGUUCGAGAUGCUGCCCAACCUGGAGAUCCUCAUGAUUGGUGGGAACAAGGUGGACGCCAUCCUGGACAUGAACUUCCGGCCCCUGGCCAACCUGCGCAGCCUGGUGCUAGCAGGCAUGAACCUUCGGGAGAUCUCCGACUACGCCCUGGAGGGGCUGCAAAGCCUGGAGAGCCUCUCCUUCUAUGACAACCAGCUGGCUCGGGUGCCCAGGCGGGCACUGGAGCAGGUGCCCGGGCUCAAGUUCCUGGACCUGAACAAGAACCCGCUCCAGCGUGUGGGGCCAGGGGACUUCGCCAACAUGCUGCACCUCAAGGAGCUGGGGCUGAACAACAUGGAGGAGCUGGUUUCCAUCGACAAACUUGCCCUGGUCAACCUCCCCGAGCUGACCAAGCUGGACGUCACCAACAAUCCCCGGCUGUCCUUUAUUCACCCCCGCGCCUUCCACCACCUGCCCCAGAUGGAGACCCUCAUGCUCAACAACAACGCACUCAGUGCCUUGCACCGGCAGACAGUGGAGUCCCUGCCCAACCUGCAGGAGGUGGGUCUUCAUGGCAACCCCAUCCGCUGUGACUGUGUCAUCCGCUGGGCCAAUGCCACGGGCACCCGUGUCCGCUUCAUCGAGCCGCAGUCCACCCUGUGUGCUGAGCCACCAGACCUCCAGCGUCGCCCAGUCCGAGAGGUGCCCUUUCGGGAGAUGACGGACCACUGCCUGCCCCUCAUCUCCCCUCGCAGCUUCCCCCCCAGCCUCCAUGUGGCCAGUGGAGAGAGUCUGGUGCUGCACUGCCGGGCGCUGGCUGAACCGGAACCUGAGAUCUACUGGGUCACUCCGGUCGGGGCUCGACUGAUAGCUGCCCAUGCAGACAGGAGAUACCGGGUGUACCCCGAGGGGACCCUGGAGCUGCGGAGGGUGACAGUGGAAGAGGCAGGGCUGUACACCUGUGUGGCCCAGAACCUGGUGGGGGCUGAUACUAAGACAGUCAGUGUGGUGGUUGGCAAGGCUCCCCCGCGGCUAGGCAAGGACAAGGGAUGGGGGCUAGAACUCCAGGUGCAGGAGACCCACCCCUAUCACAUCCUGCUGUCUUGGGUUCCCCCACCCAACACUAUCUCCACCAACCUCACCUGGUCCAGCGCCCCUUCUCUCCGGGGCCAGGGGGCCACUGCUCUGGCCCGCCUGCCUCGGGGCACCCUCAGCUAUAACAUCACCCGCCUCCUUCCGGCCACGGAGUACUGGGUCUGCCUGCAAGUGGCCUUUGCUGAUGCCCACACCCAGUUGGCUUGUGGAUGGGCCAGGACUAAAGAGGCCACUCCUUGCCACAGAGCCUUAGGUGACCGACCUGGGCUCAUAGCCAUCCUGGCCCUGGCCAUCCUCCUGCUAGCAGCCGGGCUAGCAGCCCACCUUGGCACUGGCCAGCCCAGGCCGGGGGUGGGUGGGCAGCCUCUCCUUCCAGCCUGGGCUUUCUGGGGCUGGGGUGCCCCCUCAGUUCGGGUGGUGUCUGCACCCCUUGUCCUGCCCUGGAAUCUGGGAAGGAAGCUGUCCAGGUCCUCAGAAGGGGAGACACUGUCACCACCAUUGUCACAAAAUUCCUGGAGCUCAGCCUAUUCUCAGCAGUAGAGAAAUGACUAGGACUACUUUUUACCAAAAGGGAAGCAAUCUGGGCCAGAUGCCCUGCCAGCAAUGUGACAUGGACCCACGUGCUUGAGGCCUGGCAGCUGGACCAAGACAGAUGGGGCUUUGUGGCCCAGGGGUUGCUCCUGCAGCCUCCAGAACAUGGCCUUUGCCUCCUGAGGUCUCCUCUGCUGCCUUUUUGAGGAGCAUCUGCAAGGGACAGAAAGACUCUGGUUAGAGCCUCCCGUGACCCCAGUUGUCUACGUGCCCAGUGGCUCCUGAGCAUCUGCCUGGAUGUCCCCCGCCUGUGUCCCAGGCCUUGGCCCACAGGACGCACCCCUCCUCGUCUCUUUCUCUGUACAGUCUCAGUUGCUUGCUCGUUCCCCUCCUGAGCAAGGGCUGAAGGAGGCUUCUCCUCCCAUCUUGGGAGACCACUCCCCACCAGCUCUAAAGGACAUUUGGGGAGAGGCUGUCCAGAACCACCCCCUCUUGGCGGCCCUGUUGGUACUCUGAGGUUGACUUUCUAUAGGCAAUUUUGUACCUUUGUGGAGAAAUGUAUCAUCUCCCCCCCAACCCAAUUCACUCUUUUCUCCUGUUUUAUAAAAAAUAAAAUGAAAUAAGAACAACCAUAAUAAGGGGGGAAAGGAAACAAAAAGAA